AUGCUUGUCAUUGCCCUAAUCUUGUGCUCCCUCUUUGGUCAUUCCUUAGCAACUUCAAAUAAUGUACAACAAAACUUCAUCCAUUGCCUAAUAAGUUCAACAGAACUUACUAUUCCGAUCACUGGAGCAAUCUAUACUCCAUCCAACUCUUCCUUUAACACCAUAUUGCAAGCCUACCUUCGUAACCUCCGGUUUAACGAAUCCACCACCCCAAAACCGGCCCUAAUAGUCACUGUGUUAGACAUUUCACAUAUCCAAGCCUCCAUCAUAUGUGCCAAAAAACACAAUUUACUCAUGAAAAUCAGAAGCGGCGGUCAUGACUACGAGGGUCUAUCGUACGUUGCGGAUCACACGUUCUUUAUCCUCGAUUUGUUUAACUUACGUUCGAUUAAUGUCUCGAUUGAAGACGAGACCGCAUGGGUUCAAACCGGUGCAACCUUAGGAGAACUUUACUAUAGAAUUUCUGAAAAAAGUAGCACUCAUGGUUUCCCUGCUGGAGUUUGCCCUACUGUUGGUGUUGGUGGACAUUUUAGUGGAGGGGGGUAUGGUAACAUGAUGAGAAAAUUCGGUCUUUCUGUCGAUAAUAUCAUCGACGCUGAACUCGUUGAUGUUAAUGGAAAACUUCUGAACCGUGAAUCAAUGGGUGAAGAUUUGUUUUGGGCGAUCACUGGCGGUGGAGGUGCGAGUUUUGGUGUGGUUAUUUCGUACAAGAUAAACUUAGUUCGUGUUCCAGCCAAAGUGACUGUCUUCCAAGUGAGAAGAACGUCUAUACAAAAUGUUACCAAUGUUGCUCAUCAAUGGUUACAAGUUGCCGAUAAACUCGACUAUAAUCUUUUCAUUCGAAUGAUUGUUAAUGUGGCGAAUAGCACAAAUGGUGAGAAAACAAUAGGUGCUUCAUUUCCGAGUUUGUUUCUUGGUAACACUACAACCUUAAUGAAUAUAAUGGAUCAAAGCUUUCCGGAACUAGGGUUACAAAGAUCAGACUGUCAAGAAAUGAAUUGGACUCAGUCACUGCUAAGGUACUUCAACUCCCCACCAGGCUCACCAGACUCGACUCUGUUGAGUCGAGUUCGACGAACGGUGGUUCAUCUCAAAAGAAAAUCUGAUUAUAUUAAAAACCCUAUUUCAAAACAAGGGUUAAGGUCUAUUUUCAACAAGAUGGUCGAGUUAGACCGUGUAGGUUUAUAUUUCAACCCUUACGGUGGACGAAUGGCUGAGAUUUCGGAGUUUGCUAAACCAUUUCCACAUCGAGCUGGGAACAUCGCGAAGAUUCAAUACACGUUAGAUUGGGCCGAAAAUGGUGUUGAUGCCGCAAAUCGUUACAUUAACCUAACUAGGGUUUUGCAUGAGUACAUGACUCCAUUUGUGUCAAAGUUUCCUAGAGAAGCUUUCUUGAAUUAUAGGGAUUUGGACAUUGGUGUUAAUCAUAAUGGGAAGAAUAGUUUCACUGAAGGGGGUGUUUAUGGGGUCAAGUAUUUCAAAGAGACUAACUUUAGAAGGUUAGUGAAGGUGAAAACUAUUGUGGAUCCUGAUAACUUCUUUAGAAAUGAGCAAAGUAUCCCAACAUUGCCAUCAACAUAUCAUUAA